GGUAAGUUCAAGGGGCCUUUCAACUUACGCUUGCGCGAAGCUACAUCAGUAUUCUUAAAGGCUUAAAGAUCAGUUCAUUUACCACGAGGACCGCGAAUGUUCAUCUUGCACUGCCUCAGUGCAACCGACUCCCAUUUUGAUAUCGACUUAAUAUGGUGCUUGGCUGAGGCUGCACGCAGCACAGGCUAUCAAAGAUACCCCAAACUUGAUGUUCACUUGGCGAGAUUUGUCAUGUCUUUGUUAGUCAAUGAUGCGGUGUUUGUCAUUGACACCGUCGUGAGGACCACAUCAGUCGUUUCUACUAGUAAGCACUGCGUCAGACUCGGACCCGGACGCAAAAGAACAAUAUAAACCCCACACAUGGGCGUCUAAAAAAAGUCCGCAACUACUAAGUAAUAUCCAACUCCAGUAUGUAUUACAUCGCCGGCCUCGCUCUAAACCCACCACCCCCACAAGCCAUAGAUGGACUCGCCGUCCUCACCACCUUAAAAUUCAUGCACUAUUGCAUAUCUACGAAUCUCGCCAUCGCCCCAGUCGCCAAAGCAGAAGCAGGCUCCAUCCGCACAAUGCCGUCCUCCUUCAUCGGCAAGGUCGUAACCCAUAUACACGCCAUCGCGACUUUCAUCCCACCCGUGACGUACGUGCUCUGCGUCACCUUUAACCGGUUCACGCAGCCUGCAUGGAUGCAGCGCAUGAGCCUACCUAAUAACUAUAUGACGCAUGAUUCCGGGGUGGUGCUAAGAGUCGCAGCAUGCGCAUCGACGGUGUUGUUCCUCAGAUUCAUCGGACUCACGUCCAAGCACCUCGGGAAUCAGUGGCAUGCGAUCGGGAGACGCGAGAAGCCUAAAGUCGUGCAGACAGGUCCAUACGCGGUGGUGCGUCACCCAUUAUACACGGAGAUGCUCAUCCAGGAUGUGCUUUUUGCGGUGAUGUUCUGGUCUUAUGCACCACUUGUGGGACUUGGUAUCACUGCUGCCGCGUUCGCUGUCAAGAUGCCUAUCGAGGAGGAGCUUAUCAUGAAGGAUUCCGCAGUUGCUGCGGAAUACCGCGCAUAUAUGCAGAGAGUGCCCGCGCGCAUCAUUCCGUUCCUCUGGUGAUGUGCCUUUUUUUCCUAUACAGUAAUAUAGUGGCAUUUGUGUUUGUCUCGCACAACACUCCACUGUGGCACUUUUUCAUCAAACUUUUUGGUGGAUUAUAUAGGUUUUAUACAGGACUAUGUAUUCGCAGCAUUGAUAGGUACGAAAGAGUGUAGAUUCUUGUGCGACCUUUUGUUUUGUUCUUAAAUUUUCACAAUUUUAGGUCCCAAUGCGUGAUAUGUUGACAUCCGACUCUGAAACUGAUGUAUAUAACCUCUAUACACAAUACCAUUGUAUUCCGCAGGUGAUCAAAUGAGUGAGUGCAUUGCCAGAGCAAUGUC